CCCCCGGUGCUGAACCAAGAUGGCCGGCGGCGGAGGCCGGGCCCCGGCGUGAGCUGAGCGAGCGCGGGCUGCAGCCCCCGCCAUGCCCCACCCCAGCGGCAGCUAAACCUGACCUGACAGAGCCGGCCCGCCGGCGACUCUGGAGACAUGUCUCUGCUUUGCGUUGGAGUCAAAAAAGCGAAGUUUGAUGGUGCCCAAGAGAAAUUCAACACCUACGUGACCCUGAAGGUGCAGAAUGUCAAAAGCACGACUAUCGCUGUCCGAGGCAGCCAGCCCAGCUGGGAGCAGGAUUUCAUGUUUGAGAUUAAUCGCCUGGAUUUGGGGCUGACGGUGGAGGUGUGGAACAAGGGUCUCAUCUGGGACACGAUGGUGGGCACUGUGUGGAUCCCCCUGAGGACCAUCCGCCAGUCCAAUGAAGAGGGCCCUGGAGAGUGGCUGACCCUGGACUCUCAGGUCAUCAUGGCGGACAGCGAGAUCUGCGGCACUAAGGACCCCACCUUCCACCGCAUCCUCCUUGACACCCGCUUUGAGCUGCCCUUAGACAUCCCCGAAGAGGAGGCCCGUUACUGGGCCAAGAAGCUGGAGCAGCUGAACGCCAUGCGGGACCAGGAUGAGUAUUCAUUCCAGGAUGAGCAAGACAAGCCUCUUCCUGUUCCCAGCAAUCAGUGUUGCAACUGGAAUUAUUUUGGCUGGGGUGAGCAGCAGAAUGAUGACCCUGAUAGUGCUGUGGACGACCGCGACAGUGACUACCGCAGUGAGACGAGCAACAGCAUCCCGCCGCCCUACUACACCACGUCCCAGCCCAACGCCUCGGUCCACCAAUAUUCUGUGCGCCCGCCGCCCCUGGGUUCCCGGGAGUCCUACAGCGACUCCAUGCACAGCUAUGAGGAGUUCUCCGAGCCACGGGCCCUCAGCCCCACAGGCAGCAGCCGCUACGCCUCCUCAGGGGAGCUGAGCCAAGGCAGUUCACAGCUGAGCGAGGACUUCGACCCGGAUGAGCAGAGCCUGCAGGGCUCUGAGCUAGAGGAUGAGCGGGACCGGGACUCCUACCACUCCUGCCACAGCUCGGUCAGCUACCACAAGGACUCGCCGCGCUGGGACCAGGAUGAGGACGAGCUGGAUGAGGAGCUGGAUGAGGACCUGGAGGACUUCCUGGAGGAGGAGGAGGAGCUCCCUGAAGACGAGGAAGAGCUGGAGGAGGAGGAGGAGGUGCCGGAUGACGUCCGAGGCUAUGCCAUGCGAGAUGAGGUGGCCGUGGCAGAGCCCAAGGACUUCAAGCGUGUCAGCCUUCCACCUGCCGCCCCCGAGAAAGAGGACCAGGCCCCAGCCAUGCCCACUGAAGCCCCCGACGUAGCCAAGGUGGCCCCUGAGCCAGCCAUGCCCGAGGAAGUGCCUGCAUCUGAGCAGGAGCCUGAGGCCCCCAAGGCUGAGGAGAGUUUCAGGCCACGAGAAGACGAGGAAGGCCAAGAGGGUCAGGACUCCAUGUCUAGAGCCAAGGCCAACUGGCUGCGCGCCUUCAACAAAGUGCGGCUGCAGCUGCAGGAGGCCCGGGGAGAAGGAGAAAUGUCCAAGUCCCUGUGGUUCAAAGGCGGCCCUGGCGGUGGUCUCAUCAUCAUUGAUAGCAUGCCGGACAUCCGCAAGAGGAAGCCAAUCCCACUCGUGAGCGACCUGGCCAUGUCCCUUGUCCAGUCCAGAAAAGCAGGCAUCACCUCCGCCUUGGCAUCCAGCACUUUAAACAACGAAGAGCUGAAAAAUCACGUUUACAAGAAGACCCUGCAAGCCUUAAUCUACCCUAUCUCGUGCACGACGCCGCACAACUUCGAGGUGUGGACGGCCACCACACCCACCUAUUGCUACGAGUGUGAGGGGCUGCUGUGGGGCAUCGCGCGGCAGGGCAUGCGCUGUACCGAGUGCGGUGUCAAGUGCCACGAGAAGUGCCAGGACCUGCUCAAUGCAGACUGUCUGCAGCGGGCGGCGGAGAAGAGCUCCAAGCACGGGGCGGAGGACCGGACGCAGAACAUCAUCAUGGUGCUCAAGGACCGCAUGAAGAUCCGGGAGCGCAACAAGCCCGAGAUUUUCGAGCUCAUCCAGGAGAUCUUCGCGGUGACCAAGACUGCACACACGCAGCAAAUGAAGGCGGUCAAGCAGAGCGUGCUGGACGGGACGUCCAAGUGGUCGGCCAAGAUCAGCAUCACUGUGGUCUGUGCCCAGGGCUUGCAGGCAAAGGACAAGACGGGAUCCAGUGACCCCUAUGUCACCGUCCAGGUUGGGAAGACCAAGAAACGGACAAAAACCAUCUAUGGAAACUUGAACCCCGUGUGGGAGGAGAACUUUCACUUUGAAUGCCACAACUCCUCAGACCGAAUCAAGGUGCGCGUCUGGGAUGAGGACGACGAUAUCAAAUCUCGCGUGAAGCAGCGGUUCAAGAGGGAAUCCGAUGACUUCCUGGGUCAGACGAUCAUCGAGGUGCGGACCCUCAGUGGCGAGAUGGACGUGUGGUACAACCUGGACAAGCGGACUGACAAAUCUGCUGUGUCGGGGGCCAUCCGGCUGCACAUCAGUGUGGAGAUCAAAGGCGAAGAGAAGGUGGCUCCGUACCACGUCCAGUACACCUGUUUGCACGAGAACCUGUUCCACUUCGUGACAGACGUGCAGAACAAUGGGGUCGUGAAGAUCCCAGAUGCCAAGGGUGAUGACGCCUGGAAAGUUUACUAUGAUGAGACAGCGCAGGAGAUUGUAGACGAAUUUGCCAUGCGCUACGGCGUCGAGUCCAUCUACCAAGCCAUGACCCACUUUGCCUGCCUCUCUUCCAAGUACAUGUGUCCUGGGGUGCCUGCCGUCAUGAGCACCCUGCUUGCCAACAUCAACGCCUAUUAUGCUCACACCACCGCCUCCACCAACGUGUCUGCCUCCGACCGCUUCGCCGCCUCCAACUUUGGGAAAGAGCGCUUUGUGAAGCUCCUGGACCAGCUGCAUAACUCCCUGCGGAUUGACCUCUCCAUGUAUCGGAAUAACUUCCCAGCCAGCAGCCCAGAGAGACUCCAGGACCUCAAAUCCACUGUGGACCUUCUCACCAGCAUCACCUUCUUUCGGAUGAAGGUACAAGAACUCCAGAGCCCACCCCGAGCCAGCCAGGUGGUGAAGGACUGUGUGAAAGCCUGCCUCAACUCUACUUAUGAGUACAUCUUCAACAAUUGUCAUGAACUGUACAGUCGAGAGUACCAGACUGACCCGGCCAAGAAGGGGGAAGUUCCCCCAGAGGAACAGGGCCCCAGCAUCAAGAACCUCGACUUCUGGUCCAAGCUGAUCACCCUCAUAGUGUCCAUCAUUGAGGAAGACAAAAAUUCGUACACUCCCUGCCUCAACCAGUUUCCCCAGGAGCUGAACGUGGGUAAAAUCAGCGCUGAAGUGAUGUGGAAUCUGUUUGCCCAGGAUAUGAAGUAUGCAAUGGAGGAGCACGAUAAGCAUCGCCUGUGCAAGAGUGCCGACUACAUGAACCUCCACUUCAAGGUCAAAUGGCUCUACAAUGAGUAUGUGGCUGAGCUGCCUGCCUUUAAGGACCGAGUGCCCGAGUAUCCUGCGUGGUUUGAGCCCUUUGUCAUCCAGUGGCUGGACGAGAACGAGGAAGUGUCCCGAGAUUUCUUGCAUGGAGCCCUGGAGAGAGACAAGAAGGAUGGGUUCCAGCAGACUUCAGAGCAUGCCCUGUUCUCCUGCUCCGUGGUGGAUGUCUUCUCCCAGCUCAACCAGAGCUUUGAGAUCAUCAAGAAACUCGAGUGUCCUGACCCCCAGAUUGUGGGGCACUACAUGAGGCGCUUUGCCAAGACCAUCAGUAAUGUGCUCCUCCAGUAUGCAGACAUCAUCUCCAAGGACUUCGCUUCCUACUGCUCCAAGGAGAAGGAGAAAGUGCCCUGCAUCCUCAUGAACAACACUCAGCAGCUGAGAGUUCAGCUGGAGAAGAUGUUCGAAGCCAUGGGAGGGAAGGAGCUGGAUGCCGAGGCCAGUGACAUCUUGAAGGAGCUACAGGUGAAACUCAACAACGUCUUGGAUGAGCUCAGCCGGGUGUUUGCUACCAGCUUCCAGCCGCACAUUGAAGACUGUGUCAAGCAGAUGGGUGACAUCCUCAGCCAGGUGAAAGGCACAGGCAAUGUGCCAGCCAGUGCCUGCAGCAGCGUGGCCCAGGAUGCUGACAAUGUGCUACAACCCAUCAUGGACCUGCUGGAUAGCAACCUGACUCUCUUUGCCAAAAUCUGUGAGAAGACGGUGCUGAAGCGGGUGCUGAAGGAGUUAUGGAAGCUGGUCAUGAACACCAUGGAGAAGACCAUCGUCCUGCCACCCCUCACUGACCAGACGAUGAUCGGCACCCUCUUGAGAAAGCAUGGCAAGGGAUUAGAAAAGGGCAGGGUGAAAUUGCCAAGCCACUCAGAUGGAACCCAGAUGAUCUUCAAUGCAGCCAAGGAGCUGGGUCAGCUAUCUAAACUCAAGGACCACAUGGUACGAGAAGAAGCCAAGAGCUUGACCCCGAAGCAGUGUGCAGUUGUUGAGCUGGCCCUGGACACUAUCAAGCAAUACUUCCAUGCAGGUGGCGUGGGCCUCAAGAAAACUUUCCUGGAGAAGAGCCCAGACCUGCAGUCCCUGCGCUAUGCCCUGUCCCUCUACACGCAGGCCACCGACCUGCUCAUCAAGACAUUCGUGCAGACGCAGUCGGCCCAGGUCCAUGGUGGAAAAGGGACUAGGUUUACCCUUAGUGAAGACAUUUAUCCUGAGAAGGGCUCGGGUGUGGAAGACCCUGUGGGUGAAGUCUCCGUCCACGUAGAGCUCUUCACUCAUCCAGGAACUGGGGAACACAAGGUCACAGUGAAAGUGGUGGCUGCCAAUGAUCUCAAGUGGCAGACUUCUGGCAUUUUCCGGCCAUUCAUCGAGGUCAACAUCAUUGGGCCCCAGCUCAGUGACAAGAAACGCAAGUUUGCGACCAAAUCCAAGAACAACAGCUGGGCCCCCAAGUACAAUGAGAGCUUUCAGUUCACGCUGAGCGCUGACACAGGCCCUGAGUGCUACGAGCUGCAGGUGUGCGUCAAGGACUACUGCUUCGCGCGCGAGGACCGUACGGUGGGGCUGGCCGUGCUGCAGCUGCGCGAGCUGGUCCAGCGCGGGAGCGCCGCCUGCUGGUUGCCGCUUGGCCGCCGCAUCCACAUGGACGACACGGGCCUCACGGUGCUGCGCAUCCUGUCGCAACGCAGCAAUGACGAGGUGGCUAAGGAAUUCGUCAAGCUCAAGUCGGACACGCGCUCCGCCGAGGAAGGCGGUGCCGGGCCUGCCCCCUAGUGCGGUGCACGCAGGCAGGCACCAUUGCGCCUGCGCAGAGCGCGCAGGGCGGGGCGGUGCCUGCGCGCUUGGACCUCCCUGAGGGCGAGUCUCCGGGCUCUGAACGGAAGGCGUCCCGCCUUUGCGCCUUUGAUUUAGUUUCCCAUUCUGGGGAAAGGUGAAUGGCAGCGCCCCGCCCCCUCAGGAGGCCUUGCGCCAGGGCAAGAGGAAGGAAGAAGCCACAUCCCCCCUACUUGAGGCCACUCCCCAGCGUCUAGGGGCUUUUCGAGCUGUAAUGGGAGGAAAACCAGCCCCUACAGAGGAGGCCAGGUCCCAGAGCUGUGUUAGCUGGACUCCCUGCCUCCUGCCCCCUGGAAAAGCCAUAAGAUGGGUCCCAACCUUUGGGGCCCAAGACCAAUUUGCCAAGUAUGGAACUCUCAGCUCCCUUGAGGGGCGGGCCUUGGGCAAGGGGCAGGGUUUCCUGGCGCGCCCCCUGGGGUGGUGUGGGGACUGGAGGGGCUAGGGUGGUGGUUAGAGAGCCCCCCGACCAAGGUGGACCAGAGUCCCUUUUGAUGUUUGUGCAAAAAAUAAACAGGGAAGGAGAGAGGAUGGGAUUUCAAAAGCACAUGCGCUCUUGGGCGCCCAGACCCGGCCAAGGGGUCUGCUCUGGGACAUCCACGCUGCCCCAGCUUCCCUACGGGGUUUUGCCUUCCUCUUUCCCCCCCACAUAUCCAGUCCUUAUAUCAUAGAGUUCAAUCCACUCAUUUGACAGAUGGUAAAACCGGGGCCCAGAGAGCUGCUUAAGAUAAUGCCGAGGGUUCCAGUACCACAUCCCCUCCCCAUUCUCUUUGGCCUGUGUGCCCCUUUGAAGGGUGAGCUGAGAUUGGAUAAGCCGAUACAGCUCCCCAUUGCUGCUAACCCCCCUCAGGGGACUGCCCCCAAUCCUUAAAGAGGUGGGGGUUCAGGGCCAAGUCCCCCAGUGCCCCCUUCCACCUCUGGCUGCCAAGCAAAACCCCUGCCUUCACUGCUUUCCAUUGGGACGCCGGGGUUAGAUACCUGAGAACUCUUGAUCUCCCACCAAAAUAGAGUGAAGGUUUGGGAUUUCCUGGACCCAGUCCCCUGCCCCAACCACUUCUUCCUCCCCUAGAAUGCUCGAGUCAGGAAAGAAUGGAAAGGGACCAGAAACUUGAGGGGUGUGUGUGUAUGUGUGUGUGUGAGUGAAUAUACAAAUUUGCUGGGGAGCUUACUCCCCCCAAAUUUCAUUCAUUCAUUUAAACACACAGGCCACAGGAUACCUCAGGUGGCGCCUCUAGCUGCCUGAAACACUUCCUCCACCAGGGAUUUUGGGGCAGUUUGGCCAAAUUUCUCCAUUUUAGUUCACACAGGCAUUUUGGGAGCUGUUUUGGGAAAGUUUGGCAUGGCUUGUCUUUGCUCAGGAUCUGCUUUUUCACAUUGGACCAGUAUGUGUAUGCUGUGGGUUUUUUCCCCACCAGACUGAUAAAUACAGGAUUGUGCUGUACUAGGGAAAAAUUUAAACAGAGGGAUGAGAAGAGAGUUAACUGGGCUCCUGGAGUGAUGGGGGCUACCUCAGAGGGGGAAGGGAUUUCUGUGGAGGUGAAAAGUGUAAAGGAACCACCCAUUGGAGAGAAAAGAGCUCCAGGCAGAGGGAACUUCGGAUGCAAAGGCUUGGAAGUGGGCUGACUUGAAGCAUAGCCAGGUCAGGUGGCUGGAGCUGAGUCAACCAAUGGGGUGGUAGGGGAUGCUGAUGAGGUUGGGAAGGCCUGCCGAGGUCUCAGACCAGGUGGGAUCUGGUAUAAAGCCCUGAGGAGUUUUGAUUUUACCCUAGAGGCUUGGGAGGCCCCAGGAGAUUUUAAAUCUGGGAAGAGUCUGGAUUUCAGGUUUUGACUCUCCCUCUGGCUACCUCAUGAAGAAUAGACUGAUGUGGUGGUGGGGGUGGGAGGGAGGACAAGAUGCUUUCAGGACACUGAAAUUAAUUCUUGGAAAGAUUUUGGAGGAUAUAUUUAAAACUAUGCCUUAGAUGAGCCCCAGGGCCCCUUGGUACAGAUGUCCUGAUUGUGCACUGCCCAGGGGUUGAGCAUCUCUAAGGAGGCCAUGUGCAAACUAAGGGUUGUAUAUUUAUGGUAAUGGUUUCCCCAUCUGUGAACAAGAGUUUGGAUGAAGCCGCUGUUAUUUCUAAUUUACCUGGAAGUAUUUUUGUGUCCCCUAAAUUCCCUGGUGGCUCAGACUGUAAAGAAUCCACCUGCAAUGCGGGAGACCCGGGCUCGAUCCCUGGGUUG